AUUCGUUGGAAGCGAUGCCGCGGUAUCAGCCGUUACUGGCGGAUACCAGUCAAAUCAGCUAUCGUAACGUUGUUGCCAUUCGCAGCUGCCACGACACGUGGUGGUUAGGAUACAUUCAGGAUAUCGUGGGCGAAUACUCUUUCAUUCACUUCAAUUCCACACUGGUCGAGCCUCGAUGGAUGCACAUGCAAGACGUCUGGCCACUGCCAUCCUACUGAGACACUGAGCUUUGUUCCAGGGAAGAUUUCCAAAAUGUUCAAAUCUUUGUGGCACUUCGGGAUGAAGAUAACGGACCGUUUCGAUUCCGGCCAGCCGUUAUGUUGAAUAACCUUACGGGUUGUGCAUUGGGGUGUUGGAUGUUUUAUAUUAGAACGGAAAUUUCCAAUACGAACGCCCCUGCACGCAAGGCUUUCUAUCAACUGGUUCACGAAAGUCAGGUUGCCAGUGAGUUACCAUCCAAUCCAUCCUUGCUGGAUCGCCGGAGCCGUUUGCUGUAUACCAAGCAUUUCAUCCCUUUUAGCCAGGCCAAAGCCGUUCUAAGUGAUCCAUCCGAUAAAUAUCGUAUCAUCAAGCAUGUUCGUGAUGCUCUUCGAGCUAGAAUGGCAUUGACAAGGGAAUAUUGGACAGACUGUUGCCGAUUUCAUUUGCGCGUCGAACAGGAUGGCUGCUUGUUUGUCAUCGUCAGUCUUGCAACAGACGCGAAACCCACGCAAUGGAUGGCUGAAAUGUUAUCGAACGUCCUGGAAAGGCAUAUGAUCAGCCGUACAGAUCUGCCGCCUGUAUCACAUCGAGUAUUCUGCCCAAACGAACAUAUCCCUUGCAAACCGGGUAGCGAAGUUGGUGCAUUGAUGCUGACUGCCUGUAUCCGCGAUUUGACGCCUUCGCUGUUGAACGACAUCUUGUCGCAUUUGGACUUGCAUUCUCAAAUGAAAGCCAAACGGGUUUGCGCCUUAUGGCAGUUGCUGCUGAGCAGCUCUAGCAUUAUGAAGCACAUCAGUAUCUCGUUGGACAGCUGUUUUCAUCUAAAAGCAGACGGCGAUAACUGCUUCAAAGCGGCAUCUCUACUCAGCCGCUCAAUUAACACAACGACAGUCAGUCUCACUUUGUUGUCUGUCCCUCCUCCAGACAGCUAUUAUUUUUUGCAUCGGUUGUUAGAUGUCAUGGAAAUUAAAUUACCCAUACUUGUACUGAAAGACCACACUAACCUCAAACCAAUAGGAUGUUAUCGAGAAAAACAGUCGCGUUUGAAGCAUGGAGUGACGAGUGAUAUAACGCUCCAUAAGCACAUUUGCACCUUUAUCUUGCUACAAAACUGGAAAGUUGCCAACCUGUUCGGUCGACAAAUGUAUGAAGUCUUUGAGGAAUCUUUCUACUAUGAGCCACAUUCCGGCGUUACUACUCGUCCCUUGCCAGCGCACGAGCGUAACUGCAUGCUGCGCCUGUCACACGAGUCGCAGGAGCUGGCCAUUGACCAGCUGCAAAUCACCAUUCCGAAGCUGCUUCUGCCCUGCAGCGAAAGCAAGAUGCACAUGACCAGUCGCUUAAUGUGCGCCUUGAACGAUAACUUCCCACCGGUCACGGAAGAAAUGCUAGCAAAGGUCGUGGCUGUCCGUGCGCGCUGGUUGCGAACACUCUCCUAUCCCGAUGACUGGCAGAGCAUUCGCAACUACCUUCUAUUAUUCAGCGGAUUUCACUCUGACGGAAGACCAAAAGUGUGGGAGGAGGUGGAUCUGCGGUGCGUUGAUAUAUCCACAUGGAGCAAAGUGGCAAUCUACGGAAUCAGUGAGGUCUUCCGAGUGUGAAGCGAUUGAAAUGCACCCAUGGUGGUCUCGUUCUGUUAGGCUAUACUGAUGGUGAGCAUUAUUGCCCAAGAUCAUAUCAGCUUCAAGAGAAAAAAUCGCGGA